AUGAGAAAUCUCAGUCACUAUUUAUUUUUUGCAUUCAAACAUUUGCUUCCUGAUGAUGACAGGCUGGAUGAAAAGGACUCUGUGGAUAUUCAUGACAACCCACCUGUCCCUGAUAAUGUGGUGAAAGAGGAGGACAACACGGUAUAUUUCAUCUAUGAUGAGGAGGUAGAAGAGGAAGAGAAAGAGGAGCCUCCUCCUCCAGAGCCAAUCAAACCGGUCAAUGACAGACCUCACAAGUUCAGGGACCACUACUGCAAGAAACCAAAGUUUUGCGAUGUCUGUGCACGCAUGAUUGUUUUAAACAAUAAGUUUGCAUUGCGAUGUAAGAACUGCAAAACCAGCAUCCACCACCAGUGUCAGCCCUAUGUGGAGUUCCAGAGGUGUUUUGGCAAAAUUCCUCCAGGAUUCAGAAGAGCCUACAGUUCUCCUCUGUACAGCAGUCAGCAGAACGCGGCAGCACAGUCAAACCGCACUGACCCUGUGUUUGAAACAUUGCGGAUUGGAGUGAUCAUGGCCAACAAGGAGCGUAAAAAGGACUCAGAGGACAAGAAGAACGUGAGUAUGAUGAUGAUGAUGGAGGACGAUGAGUCCCAGCCAAAAGAGGAGGAGGAAGGUGGUGAAGGAGAAGGUGAUAAAAAGGGAGACAAAGCGCCUGCUGAUGACAAGAGUAAGAAGCUUCAGCCAGGGAAGAUCGGUGUGUUCAGUCAGUCUCACUACUAUCUGGCUCUCUACAGAUUCAAGGCCAUAGAGAAAGAUGACCUAGACGUGCAUGCUGGUGACCGCAUAACAGUGAUAGAUGACUCCAAUGAGGAAUGGUGGAGGGGGAAGAUCGGAGACAAAACAGGGUUCAUACCUGUCAGCUACAUCAUCCGAGUGCGAGCAGGAGAGAGGGUCUACAAGGUGACACGCUCCUUUGUCGGCAACAGAGAGAUGGGCCAAAUCACUUUGAAGAAAGACCAGAUUGUGGUGAAGAAGGGCGAGGAGGUGAACGGUUACCUGAAGGUCAGUACAGGACGUAAGCUCGGCUUCUUCCCCGCCAACCUGCUGCAGGAGAUCUGA